CCAGGGGCCUCUUAUAUUAUUACGUCACCCAUUCAUAAACUCUACCGUCUUGCACACAGCUCAUGAAGGCCAAAUACCAUUCUACAUGCAUGCAUACCAGCUGUGUCGUCUUUACUCCUUGAUCGUUUAAUAAGUCCGUUUAUGUAAUUCUGAUUUCUGAAAUAAUGGCAUCGCCUUUGUAUUCAUUCGAAAAUGAAAUAUUCCGUCUUUUCGCCACCUAUGCAACCAUCGUCGUAAUAAAGAUGCUCUGGGUCGGUAUCUGGACUUCGAAGUACCGCUUUCAAAACAAGGUAUUUGCCAAUCCAGAGGACAUCGCUUUCGCACGAGAUGACAGUGAAAAACUGAAACCUAUUCAUGGUGAUCACAACAUUGAAAGAUUAAGAAGAUGCCACGUCAAUGAUCUUGAAAAUAUCGUCCCUUUCUUGGUGCUGGGAUUGCUCUACAUAGCAACAAGACCUAGCUUCAAUGCGGCUUCGCUACUCUUCCGAGCAUUUGCAUUCUCCCGAGUCUUCCACACCAUAGCCUACCUCACACCCCUGCCGCAACCCUCCCGACUAUUAGCCCACAUCAUUGGGGUGAUCGUCAAUGUUUCCAUGGCCGUUAGCAUCGUCAACCAAGGACAGUUAUGAUAACGCUCAUUGGGAUGGGUAGAGAAUUCCCAUAAAGACGCUAUCCAAUUUGUUUGAAAGAUUUGGUAUUCGCAUUUAGGUGUGGAAAGUUAUUAUGGGAAUGUGCAUUUUGUUAUAGGUCGUAUUAAAGACUAUAGAAAAUUUUGUUGAAAAUGAUAGGCGAUUUGUCUCUAGCUGUGACACCCCCUUUGCCAAAAUGUUUCUCUUUGUUUUUGUUUCAAAGUGCCCUUUUGAAGUGUCAGUCUUUCUCUUUCUCUCUCUAUCAUUUUUUUCUUUAUAGUCCGCCUUUUCAGUGAUAUUUUGUUUUGCUAGUAAUGUUUUUGUUGCAAGAAGUGUCUUUAUAUCGCACCUUUUUAAACACCCGCCAAAAUUGAAUUUUAUGACUAUUCAUUAAGAAUAUAACGAAUGGAGAAUCUACUCCUGUAACUUAUAUCAUUAAUUUACUGUAAAUUGACUUUUUUGGAAUAAAUUACUUUUUUCAAUAUAAAAUAUUGCAUAUAUGUAUACUAAAAAAAAAAGUAAACCCCUAAAUCAAUGCUGUAACUUUUGACAGAAAUAAUUUUGAGACACAAUAUUUCGUAGGUGAUUUUCUUCACUCAUUAAGCAACUCGUGUGAAAAAAUGAGAUUGAUCAGUUGAGUCAUGCAUGAGUAAGCCAAUAUUAAAUGAAAAUUGAUAAUUUUUGAAAGUCACAAGAACUGUUUUUCAGAUUGUGUAAGUAUACGGAGUAAUUGGGCGAAGUUUGUCUUUUGGUAAUUUUAUGGUGUUUUUACUGCUUAUGCUUUACUACCUACAUUAAUUUUAUUUACCACUCCACACAAUAUUUGGAUAACGUAUAUGUUCAUGGUUGAAUGAGCACAUUUUUUGUGACGUAUCAUCAUAGGGGUUUAUUGUAAUACCCUACGAUCUAUAACAUAAAAAACACAUGUUAAAAUUACAUGUUAAAAUUUGAAAAUUUUAGUGUCUCCCUCCCCAUUUUCAAAUUAUGGAUCCACCACUGAUUUGUCCAUAAUUUCAACUCAUCCUGAGAAAUUGUUAGAAAUGCAUUUAUGUAAUAUAAAGAGUAUUCAUUCCCAAGUAUUAUGCUCGUUCAAACACCAUGAAAGUGUGAAAAGUUCGGAAAGUGUGUGACAAUAAAAUGAUAAAACUCA